UAUCUUCUUCUUCUUCUUCUUCUUGAGCAAGGAAAAUUAAUGGAUCAAAAGAUGAAGGUCUGUGUGACGGGGGCAUCUGGGUUUCUGGCUUCUUGGCUGGUUAAGAGGCUUCUCUUGUCUGGAUAUCAUGUCACUGGAACAGUUAGAGAUCCAGGAAAUGACAAGAAGCUGGCACAUCUGUGGAGGCUGGAGGGAGCAAGGGAGAGGCUCACAUUGGUGAGGGCUGAUUUAAUGGAGGAGGGCAGUUUUGACAAGGCAAUUAUGGGGUGCCAUGGUGUCUUCCACACUGCUUCACCAGUAACGGGAUCUACUGCUGAUCCAAAGGCAGAGAUCCUGGUACCUGCUGUUGAAGGCACAUUAAAUGUUCUUCGUUCAUGUAAGAAGAACCCAUCUCUAAGGCGUGUAGUACUGACUUCAUCCUCUUCCACUGCGAGGGUAAGAGAUGAUUUUGACCCGAAAAUACCUUUGGACGAGUCCUCCUGGAGCUCUGUGGAACUUUGUGAGAGCCUCCAGAUAUGGUAUGCUCUAUCAAAAGUCCUAGCUGAGAAGGCAGCAUGGGAAUUCUGCAAGGAGAACGGAAUCGAUUUGGUGACUGUUCUUCCCUCAUUUGUCAUUGGACCUAGCCUGCCACCUGAUUUGUGUUCUACUGCAUCUGAUGUUCUUGGCUUGCUUAAAGGGGAGACUGAGAAAUUCAAAUGGAAUGGAAGGAUGGGAUAUGUUCACAUUGAUGAUGUUGCACUCUGCCACAUCCUUGUUUAUGAGCAUGAAAAUGCCCAUGGACGAUACCUUUGUAACUCAGCUGUGGUAGACAAUAAUGUGUUAGCCUCCUUGCUGUCGGCUCGCUAUCCAUCCUUGCCUAUCCCAAAGAGGUUUGAUGCCUUGGACAGACCAUACUACGAGUUCAACACUUCAAAGUUGCAGAGCUUGGGGUUCAAGUUCAAGUCCAUACAGGAGAUGUUUGAUGACUGCGUUGCCUCUUUGGUGGAGAAAGGCCAUUUGGGUCAAGUCUAAUUUGAUGAGAUGGAUAAUUUCUGUAAGGAAUUUACAUUGCUGUAAACAGCCUUUCUAUGAGAACGACAGCAAAAGAGAAAAUUAUCCUACAUUUAGUAUAGUUAAUGUUCAUGACUUCUAUGUAUAGUUGAAUCAGACGUAAGAGACAAUGCAUUCAAACAAGAACUAGCAUGAGAGGAGGCACCACCACAGCCAUACGGCCGACAUGUGGACACGCACCCACAUGGUCGUUAACGACUCUUGUGGCUGCAAGUGGUGCCACAUUUUCAUAUCCGCCAUGGAUGUUAUGCAAAUAUCCCCAUCACACUAAGCAUACAAAUUCAUUAUGACACCACCUAACACUCCUGCAAUCAAUAAAGGCCCAAUCGUGUCCUGUACGGAGCCACUGGAUUUCGUGCUUCAUUUUUUCCUCCAUUGUUCUGCCAUGACCAGAAUUCAGGAAUGUUACUCAUCAAGGGGAGGCCGAAGUUGGUCGAUGGUAUGGAGUAGAAGUGCCGAAGUUUGUUACCAUUCAUUA